AUGAAGUCGCUAUUCAAGGGCAAGAGAUUCUACAUUUACUGUCCUCCUGAUCAUCAGGGUGAAAGAGGGAACGAAAUCGUUGGCGAAGAAGAUUGGGAGAAGGAUAUUAGGUAUUGCAAGAGUGAUAUCGAGUUAUACGGUGGACAAGUCAUCACCUCCCCGAAUUACAACGUCAAUCACAUCCUCAUCCACCCUGCUCAUCUCGAACAAUACCUGUGUGAUUUUAACCACAACCACGAUUAUGGUCGCUCUGAUCUCAAACCCCAUUUGAUUCUUGAUAUUCCCCUUGAGCAAGUCACUCCAAUCGACGAUUGGGAUCAAUACGAAUACGGAAUCUUCCCUUGGACUGUUGAUAAGAUUAUUGAAAGAUAUGGAGACACUGUUCCUUCAGGAACAGGAAAGGAGGUGAUCCUCAAAUUGGAUUGGGUCAAAAGCUGCAUCGGUGCUCAGAGAGUGUUGGAUCAGAGAUACGGUAAAUUCGGGUGGGCAGGGAUGAGCAUUAGAUCUAAAAUCGCUGUUAAAAGCGAAUCCGAAAAUGGUCCGAGUGUUCCGUCGACACACUCGAUUGAGAUACUAGAUGAAGAUCUUGACUCUGUUUUCUCCACGCCAAGAGUACGAUCCGAAGAUCUUCAUGACGAUGACGAGGUUCAUGAUUAUCAUCGUCACCACGGUGGCGAGACUGAGCAACAGAUCAGCGUGCAGGUUGGUGAAGAACGAGAGGAAAGGAUCUCAGCUGAUCACUCCGAUCAUUCGGAUGGCUCCGCACCUCCUUCUGUCGAUCAAACCAGCGACGAGAUCAUGACAGCCAGCGGACCCAGCUCAGCUAUUUCGGGUCAAGAAAUAGAUGAGAAAUGGGAGAAUGACAUUCACGCUGAGCUCGAUCGACUCCUGGGUCAGAAGGGGAAAGAGAAGACAGUAAUAGAUCAAGCAACACCAGUGGGAUCCCUGAGGAUUCAUCUUCGUAAAGGAGCUUCACUUCUCAAGUUUAUUGUUGAGGACUUGGGCCAUACCACGAGUACAAUCGAAGUCGCCGAUGUCAUCGUUCUUCAGAGACUUUACGAUGGACCUCACUCACUUCGAAGUAAGACCGAAGGCGAACGACAACUUAUCGAAUCCGCCAAAGAACAUCAGAAGGUCGUGUCCUCACAAUGGUUGAUCGAAAGUCACAAAGCUCGUCAGACCAUCAAUACUCGUAUUCACGGGGCAUUCGGAUGCACCGCCAACUCGGACAAAAUGUCAUUUUUCUGCCUUCUUGUCUAUUUUGCUCAUCACUCAGCUUAUCAAGCUGCAUUUUGA